UUUAACCCUUGUCUUUGCCUCACAGGUGUGCUGGACUUCAACGGGACGGCGGACUCUCCAUCCCGUCCUUCAUCACCCUCCUCCCCUUCAGGACCCCCAGCCCCCAGCCCUCAGAUUUCAGAUCCCGGUUACCAUGGUAACAGCGUUGGCACCGGCGGCUCAGUAGAGGACUCGGACUCUGGCGCUCAGGGGAUCCACCUCCUGCUGAGACCUCCGGACCUCCUGUCCCCGAGCCUUCCCCCAGCCCUGCCCCCUCAACACACCCAGCCCACCCUCACCCCUCCUCCACCCUGGGAGCAGGACCCCUCCCUGGAGGAAGAAGCGUGGGGCUCCGGAGACUACCUGGAGACUCUGUCCUUCAUGGUGCCUGACGGAGAGGAGCUGGCCCUGGCCACACCACUACCCAACCACCCCUAUGACGAGGACCUAGGUAGCGACUGGGUCUCCUAUGACACCGCCUUCCCCGCCCGUCCCACCGUUCCCCUUUCCCCACGCCUCCCUCUCUCACCCUCCUCCUCCACCCCCAGCAUCCUGCUGCACACUCGCCCCUCCCAUCCGGACGUCUUCCCCAACUGGGACGAGGACUAUGACCUAGAGGACAUGAUGCCUCUGGAGCCGACGGAGCUGCUGCUGCCGGACAUGAACAGUAUGGAGUACUACACCAACCUGCUGGCCCGGGAGAGAGAGAGGGAGAGACACCAGGACCCGGUGGACUGGACUGACUCCAAACCCCCCAUCACUCCCACAACAACACAAACUCACCGUCCCUAUUCAUCUUCCUCUCCAUCCCCAAGCUCUGGUCCUCCUCCAGAACAGGAGUCCAAGCAUCCUCUAGAGGGGCCCACCCCUCCCCUCACCCUCUCACCCACUCUCGCGGGUGAGGAGAACCCACCUCCACCGCCAACCACUAUAAAAACUGCUUCUCCUCCUGAUCUAAAACCCAAAGAACGUGCCCCGGCACCGGGCAGACCCCCUCCUCGUCCCCCUUCCAACACCACUGGCUGGGUACCUCCCCCUCCCCCGCUAGGACCUCCCACCCGCCCCGACAGACCAGAGAGGCCUCCAGUGGUCACGGAGAAGCCAGUGAAGGCUCCACCCACCAGGACCACUACUAAGGCCACAACCACUGCCAUCACCACCACCACACAGAUCACAGCCAUCAGCCUGACCAGAGCCCCCCCGGUCACGACAACCAGAAUGGCCCAGACCUCGCCCACCAGACAGUACCUGUGUAACAUCACCAAGCCGGAGAUGUACCUGGUCAGAGUAGUCAGUUCCAAAGGUUCGUCAGCAGGUUUCACUCAAGUCAGAGAUCUUCUGAAGAGAGAGUUCAACCGUUCAGUGGAGCUCCAGUUCCUGAGAACUCCGUCCAGUUUUGCCUUCCGCGUCGUGUCGGGACCGUUGAUCUUCACCGCCAUGUCGGUCAUCAACGCCCUCCGCCAACCGCCACGCGGUUCCGGCCCGGUUCCCACCGUGUCGCCACUCUACACCGUACCUGACUUCAAGUACCAGAUCCACUCUGUGAUGCAGUUCGUCCCCGCCCACAUCGACAUCAGAGUCUGUAACUUCAGCGAGCGUGUCGAGAGAGGGCUGAUGAUGGCGUACGCCGAGACGCGGAGACGAUCGCACGAGGCUGGAAACGUCACCGUACAGCUGUUGAACAUCUCCAUGUCUGUGAGCCGGCCAGCGGCGGCGGCGUCGGAGCAGAAGAUUUCCGUCGACAUCACCUUUGCGGUGCGUGAUGGGCGGGACUACCUGCUGGGGUCAGAGGUCAGCGAACACCUGAGGAAGCUCAGUCUGGUCGAGUUCAGCUUCUACGUCGGAUUUCCCGUCCUUCAGAUCGCAGAACCUUUCCACUACCCUGAGCUGAACACGUCUCACCACCUGCGCUCCACCUGGGUCCGUACAGUCCUGUUGGGAGUUCAGGAGCAGAUGGUGGCCGAGAAGAGUUUUAAAGCUCGUCUGGAGAGACGUCUGGCUCUGCUGCUGGAGGAGAGUCUGCAGGUCACCAGCAGGAGGCGCUGGAGCAGAGCUACAGCUGUGGGCAACAACAGUCUGCAGGUGGUGCGGGUGGCGAGGCUGUCGGGGGCGGAGCGUCCUCUGGAGGUCUUCUACUUCGUGGAGGGUCCAGGUGGUGAGCGGAUACCUGCCGAGGCGAUGGCGGUCACCCUGAACCGUCUGGACCUUCAGAGAGCCGCCAUCGUCCUCGGACACCGCGUCCAGAGGCCAAUCGCCCAACCUGUGGAGACUCUGUCUGUCCCUACAGCGGAGACUCAGAGCAGCAGCAUCUGGCUGAUCGUCGGUGUGGUCGUCCCCGUCCUGCUGGCUGUCUUCAUCAUCAUCAUCCUCUACUGGAAGCUGUGCGGCUCAGAGAAGCUGGAGUUCCAGCCGGACGCCAUCAACACCAUCCAGCAGAGGCAGAAGCUUCAGGCUCCGAGCGUCAAAGGCUUCGACUUUGCAAAGCUGCACCUGGGUCAGCACAGCAAAGACGACAUCAUGGUGAUCCAGGAGCCCGGCCCGCUGCCGGCCCCCGCCAAGGAGGCCACGCCCUCUGACGGCGGAGACCUCAAUACCCCCAAAUCUAAAGGCUCAUCCACAAAGGUUGCACGGAACAGCCGCCGCCGGGGCAGACUCAGCCCAUCAGACGGAGACUCGUUAGGCAGCGACCAAUCGAGCGGCAGAGAAUCGGCAGAAGAAAGCAGUCGACCUGUGGUCACGCCCAGCGAGGGGAAGCAGCACAGGAAGACACCAAAAAAUGGGAGGAACAAGUUGGGCAGCGGUCCAGACGAGCUACUGUCCUCGUCCUCCAUCUUCGACCACGUCGACCGUCUGUCCCGCGGUUCGUCCAACGGGACGCGUCGUCAGGCCAACAAGGUGCAGUUGAUCGCCAUGCAGCCGCGACCGAGUCCGCCGUCGCACCUGAGCCCCACCCUCACCGAGAAGGUCAGCACAGAGGUGGCGCUGAGACACAAGUCUGAGAUCGAGCACCACAGGAACAAACUCCGGCAGCGCGCCAAGAGGCGUGGCCAGUGCGAGUUUCCCUCGAUGGAUGACAUCAUGGACGCAUUCGGAGACGGGCCGGUGCAGGGCGAGGUUGCGCAGCGUCUCUACAGCUCCGCCCACGACCACAUGGACUGCAUCCUGCAGGGCGACAACCACUCGCCCCUCACCCCCACCGACUCCAGGAGAGGGAGGCGCUCUCCUCGAGGUCGGCGAGCUCAGCCAGGACCCGGAAGUCUUCCUGAUACGGACCGAGACCGGCUGCUCACCGAUCACAGCGCCACCUACAGGAAAUACCCGGGAUUCAACAACGUGGCCUACAUGUCGGACCCUGACCUGCCCCCGGACCACGGCAGCCCCUCCCCUACUGACGAGGUGUUUGACUCAGCCCCGCCCCCCUAUAUGCCCCCCCAGCCCUCAAUCGAGGAGGCACGGCAGCAGAUGCACUGCCUUCUGGAUGACGCCUUCGCCCUGGUGUCGCCGUCCUCGCAGGGCAGCGCCGGGCUGAGCGGGGUAAGCCCCGCCCUGCCCAGCCCCUCUCCCCAGGCCCGCCCCCCCCCAGGCAGGCAGUGGGGCUCUUACCCAGCUGCACCCUCCCAAAGCCCCUUCUCUGCUAGAUACGCAGAGCUGGGAAUGUCUCCAACAUCAGUCCAGGGCCUGCUCCAUAGGCAGGGUCUAAGCUCAGCAGGGUAUGUUUCUACUGGAGAACAGCUGCAGGAGUCGGUUCACUCCAGUAGAGGGCCGUACGAGGACCCCCCCUCCUCGUCCAGACCACGACCUGUAGGGGGCAGCACAGGUGCGCAACUCCACCAUUUGACCCAGGUGGGUUUGUCCAGUCAGAUUGGCGCGUACCCAGGGGUGGGUCGCAGCAUGUCUGGUCCCACUGGCUCCAGCUGGAACCAGCAGCACUCAGACCAGGACCUUUCCAGACCAGGAGCCAGCAGAGAGAGUGUGCUGUCGUUUCCUGAGUUCUCCUCUUCCUCUGUUUUCCAGAUGCCCAGCUCCUCGUUACGGGACCCAUCGGCUCCACCUCUCCUUCUGACCUCACCGACUCCAGAGUACCCGCCAGAGGACGCCUCACCCUCUGCCCACACCUCUGCCUCCCUUAUAAAGGCUAUCAGGGAGGAACUGCGACGUCUGGCCCAGAAACAGACUGCAGUGACCAGCUACCCUUAGACUGGUCUGGACCUGCUUGGAUCAAAACUAAACUGGUUUCAACCAAUAUUGUUUUAAACCACUUAGAGCCUGUAAAGACUGGAUUAAAACCCUAUAACUAACUGAUCCACAUUCUGGACUCUCUUGAGCUAAUCUACGUCUGUGCCGCUAAACCCAAAAUGACUUUCGACCACAAUCCACGCCUGAAAAAAAGACUGUCUCCUGACUGAAUGACCUCCGGUACUUUACAGGGUCCCGUCUGUCUGUCCGUCAUCCUUCAGCUCAGUGCUUCAUUAGACAUUAGGGUUUGACUCUUCACGUUUCCAUUAAAGUGCUUCCUGGAGUGGAUCAUUCGAUGAUCAUCCUUCCUAAACCUCCAGAGUAGAUCAUCCAUCUUGACCUUCUGGAGUGGAUGGUUGCUCUCAACCUUCUGGAAGAGAUGAUCCCUCUGGGAUUGAUGAUUAGAUGGUCCUUCCUGGCCUUCUGGAGUAAAUCAUCCCUCUUGACCCACUGGAGUCGACUGUCCUUCUGGAGUGGAUGGUUGCUCUCGACCAUCUGAAGGGAAUGGUCCCCCCAUGACCUUCCAGCGUGGAUCAUCCCCCCUGGAGUUCUACAGUGGAUGCUCCCUUCUGGCCUUCUGAAGUGGACUUUCCCUUAACUUCUGGAAUAGACCCUCCCCCGAGAUGGUCUUGAGUGGAACAUCCUUCCUGACCUUCCUGGAGCGGAUGGUCCCUCCUGACCUUCUAGGGUAGUUCAUCACUCCUGAAGUUGUUUCAUCUCUCUUGAAGUUUUGGAGCAUGACCUUCCAGAGUGGCCAUUUAGUCUUGAAAAUCUGGAAUGCAUCAUCUCUCCUUACCUUCCAGAAUGAAUGAUUCUUUCUGGAGUGAAUGGUCCCUCCUGACCCUCUAGAGCAGAUCAUCCCAGAAGAUUGUCCCUCAUGACCCACUGGAGUGUAUGGUCCCUCUUGAAAUUCUGGAGUGGAUCAUUCAUUUGGAACUCCUGAAGAGACUCAUCUUUUCGUACAUUCUGGAUGGAUCUUCCUUCCAGACCUUCCGGAAGUCAAUGGUCCCUCCUGACCUUCUGGAUUCAGUCGUCCCUCCAGAAGUUCUGAAGUCGAUUGUCACUCUGGACCUUCUGUGGUGCUAAUCGCCAGCCUCAUAGCAUCUCCUCAUUGACCACUUAUUGCCUUCCACACACCCAUCAGCCACAGGGAUCAGGUCUCCGUUCAUAAACCAUAUCAAUGAGGUCUUUGGACUGUCAACAGCUGGAGGUGGCGUACAGUUCUUACGGCAAGGGGACGCAAAACAGUAAAAAAGUAUAUAUAAAUAUCUAUAAGAAUUAAUAUGAAUAUCUGUAAAGAGAUAGAAUCCCAAUGAGCACAAUAUUAAUGUAAGAGUUAUUAUUGGAGUAUUGAGAUGUUACUUAUUUUUUCUUGCUUCUAUAUGAAAGUAUACUUUAAAUAUUUUUAUUUUGAUCAAAAAAAAAGACCUAACUACUGUUCUAUGGUUGUAAUCUUCUUGUGUUUGAGCUCUCUGUAGACUUUGAGCCGGCGCUUGAUUCUCUGUGGAGACGUUGCUUAGCGUAGCUGCUCGCUCGUGUGUUCGUGUAUCGGUGGCAUUGAAAAAAAAUAAUUGCGCUAAUGCUAAUUGCUUUGAUAUCAAGUUUUUUUCAUUGCUGAUUUGUUGCAUCCAUCAGUGUAUGGGCAGAACGCUAUAGAUGAGUUCAUCACCUCACAGAUGGGUAAAAAUAAACGGGGAAACCAGUCGUUCAUCUCAACCAGAAACUAAAGGUAUACAUGAGUUCCCCCUAGAGGACGAAAUGUUAAUUGUACACAAGAAAUAAAAGAUUGUUACCACUAAUUGAAAGUUUUUUAGUGUAGCAGUGAGAGGAGACAACUUAAAACCUCUUUUUUUCGGCCUAGUGGGUCGCCAGGGAAACAAAAUGGGACCCAGGGCAGAACCUUGGGGUACACCACAGUACACCACUGCCUCAGUAGUGCCCCGCUGUUAUGUUCAUUACAUACUUCUCUAUUGCAGUUGCUUAUUAGUGUUGCAUAUCAUCUCGUCAUGCAGGAUGCAUAGAAAUAAGGAUAACUUACUCCUAUGGACUUCUUGGCCCAUUAUGUUUAAGGGAACUCCAAACAUUUUGAUUCAGCCUUAAUCUUCAUGUGCUGGUUGUACAGCUGAAUGACUGGUUCCUCUCUCUGCUGGUUGGCUUUUUUCUCUGUAGUGUUGUGAAGAAGUCGAUCACUCCUAAAAAUCUGGUUUU